AUGUUUGAAAAUUGUAUACUCAAUAAUUAUAAAAUUAUAAGGAUUUUAGGUGAGGGUGCUUUUGGUAUAGUAUUUUUAGCAAUAGAUAUUAACACAGGCAAAGAAUUUGCAAUCAAAGCUAUAUUAAAAGCUAGAAAUAUUAUUAAUUCAAAUGAUGGAACAAAUAAAUGUUCAAAAAUUUUACAAAAAUAUUUAUUACAAUUAUUAUAUCAAGAUAAUUUAUCAUCAUUAAAUUUACCAGUAUUAGAUUUAAAUCUUAUACAACAUAUGACACGUGAGGAUUUAUUACAAGUACCAUAUUUUAAAGAACUUUCAUUACAACUUAGAGUUCAUAAACAUUCUAAUAUCGUGACUAUUCACGAAGCAUUAGAUUCUUCAUAUAUAUCCUUUAUUGUAAUGGAUUAUUAUCAUAAAGAUUUAUUUACAAGUAUUGUUGAUGAACAACAUUUUGCUAACGAUGGUAUUUUAAUUAAAAGAGUCUUCUUACAAUUAUGUUCAGCUUUAGAAUAUUGUCAUGAAAAUGGAAUUUCGCAUUGUGAUAUUAAACCAGAGAAUUUAUUAUUAGAUGAUAAUAAUAAUCUUUACAUUUGUGAUUUUGGUUUAUCAUCAACUGAUAAAAGUUUGAAAAAAAAUAUUAGUGUUGGUAGUCCUUAUUAUAUGGCACCAGAAAGGCUUCAUGUUAUCGAAAAUAAUAAUAAUUCAUGUCUUGAAUAUCCAACAACAAAAGGUGAUAUUUGGUCAUUGGGUAUAAUUUUAAUAAAUUUAGCAUGUAUGAGAAAUCCAUGGUUAAAAGCUCAUCAAUUACAAGAUAAAACAUUUAAACAUUUUAUUAAUAAUCCAAAUGUUUUAAAAAAUUUAUUACCAAUUUCUGAAUCAUUCUUUGAACUAUUAAUUCAAAUUUUACAAAUUAAUCCUUUAGAAAGAAAAGAUAUUCAUAAUUUAAUGUAUGAGGUUGCACAAUUAGAUUCAUUUACUGUAGAAGGUCCAUUAAAUUCAGUAGAAACUGUUGAGUUUGAAAUAGUUAGUGAUAAUUAUAGAACUGAAAAUAAUAGCUUGGUUCAAGAUGCUGUAGAUACAGUUUUCAGUAGUUCUAGCUCUCAAACUUUAUUUGAUAUGGAUUAUGAAAAAAAUGAAAUGUUUGGACAACCUGUUCAGAGUACGUGUACUUCUGAGGGUGAUACUUCUUUCGUUAAAGAUUGUGCUACUAAUUUAAUCGCACAAAAUCAACAUCAACCACAAGGAUUUGUAAAUGUUUAA